AUGUAUACAUGCACUGACACGUUUCCUUCAGUUUCGGUCAUCCGGGAGAUCAUCGACCAAGGCGACAUAGAAUGGACAUCUAUCAUCACUGCUCCCUACGACUGGGCGCACUCGACUUUUGAACAGUGGACCUGCCGUGCCAGCCACAUCACAACGUGGUAUCCACCUCCAACGAAACGCGCCCUUCCUGAAGACUCGGCUACAACAAUAUUCAGCUCCGGCAAGCCUCUGGCCACAGUCACAAAGAAGCCUCAGCCGACCUUGACGCCUGCGUUCCGACACGCUACGCGCGACCAGGAAGCACUCGCCGAGUUGGAGGAGACAUUCGACUCUGUGAGCAAGGGUAAAAAGAAUAAUGGCACAAGCAUCAUCACCCUGGACCAGUACUUGGGCUUCUUCAACGUUGCGGAUAGUGGAACAGAGACUGAUUUUGGCAAACAUGUCGAAGCCAAGUUUCGAGCUCAUGACAGGGACGGUGAUGGUUUACUGACGAUGGAGGAGGCGCAGCUACUCUGUGAUUCUGAUGGAUGCUAUUGA